AUGGCCAACAACCACGAAGACACCGCUGCUGAGCUCCACGAGGAGUUCAACGAGCGUGCCCACCACGGCAACGAGGUUCACGAUCUCGCCGGCGGCUUCAUUGCCGCUGACGAGAAGAAGGACUUCACCACUCUCUCGGCAGAUGGUGCUGAGUCUGGUCCCACUCCUGACGGCGAGGAGCCCAGCGACUAUGAGAGGCGGACUCUGCGCCGUAUUGGCGAGAACCUGCCCGCCUCCGCCUUUCUCAUCGCCAUUGUCGAGCUGACAGAGCGUUUCACUUACUAUGGUGCCUCUGGCCUUUUCCAAAACUACAUCAGCAAUGGUUCUCACAUCACCACCGACUCUCCUGGAUUGGGCAUGGGUGGCCAGGCCGCCACUGGUCUGAACCUGUUCUUCCAAUGGUUCUGCUAUGUUACUCCUAUUCUCGGUGCCAUCAUCUCUGAUCAGUAUCUCGGCAAGUACAAGACCAUUAUGCUCUUCUGCUGCGUCUACUGGGUUGGUCUUGUUAUCCUGUGGACUACCUCUCUGCCCGUUUCCAUCGCUCACGGAGCCGGUCUGCCUGGCUACAUUGUUUCCAUCAUCAUCAUCGGUGCCGGCACGGGUGGCAUCAAGUCCAACAUUGCCCCCCUGAUUGCCGACCAGUACCAGCGCCGAACCAUGGCCAUCAGGACCGAACCGGACGGCGAGCGAAUCAUCAUUGACCCUGCCAUCACCUACCAGCGCAUCUACAUGAUCUUCUACUGGUGCAUCAACCUGGGUUCUCUGUCUCUGAUUGCCACUCCCUUCAUGGAGAAGUACUGCGGCUUCUGGACUGCCUUCCUCAUGUGCUUCAUCAUGUUCAACUUUUCCAUCGCCAUUCUCGUCAUCCGCCGCAAGUCAUACAUCAUCCACCCGCCGCAGGGCUCCAUCAUCACCGAUGCUCUCAAGGCCCUUGGUUUGAUGAUUGUGGCUCGCAACAUGGACGCCGCCAAGCCUUCAUGGCGUGAGGCCAACGGCAAGACCAGGCCGGUCAACUGGAACGACCACUUUGUUGAUGAGCUCAAGCGUGCUAUCCGUGCUUGCAAGGUCUUUGUCUUCUACCCCGUCUUCUGGGUUGGUUAUGGCCAGUUCUCCACCAACUUCGUCACCCAGGCUGGUCAGAUGAGCGGCCACGGCAUGCCCAACGAUUUCAUGCAGAACUUUGAUCCCAUCUCCAUUCUCAUCUUCACCCCCAUCCUUGACCUUCUCGUCUACCCCGCGCUCCGCAAGGCUGGCAUCAACAUCCGCCCCAUUGCCCGAAUCACCCUGGGUUUCAUCUUCACCUCCCUCUGCCUGGGCUAUGCCGCCAUCGUCCAGCACCUCAUCUACAACUCUGGACCUUGCUACAAGGACCCCCUCAACUGCCCUGCUGGCACCGUUGACGGCCAGACCGUGCCCAACAACAUCCACAUUGCUGUUCAGGCGCCCGCUUACGUCUUUGUUGGUCUUGCCGAAAUCUUCAUUUCCGUCACUGGUCUCGAGUACGCCUACACCAAGGCCCCUCCCACCAUGAAGUCUUUCGUCCAGAGUCUGUACCUCUUCACCAACGCCUUCGGCUCUGCCAUCUCCGAGGCCCUCGUCUCCGUGUCCAAGGACCCCGAGUUCGUCUGGAUGUACACUGGUGUCUCUGCCGCCAGUUUCAUUGUUGCCAUUGUCUUCUUCUUCCUCUUCAACCACUACGACAAGAUGGAGGAUGAGUCAUUUGAGCUGGACCGCGAGCAGCCUACUGUUGCUCCGACAAAGGAGGUUGAGUACGAGGAAGCUAACUAA